AAAUCAAUGUUCUGCCAUGGAUAUGUUAGUUGUAAGUGUUAUGUUUAAUUAUUGGUUACAGUUUUAUUUCUAUAGUUGUUAAAUCACUGACACUAGCUAGUUUUCCAUCCCAUGGGUGACAAUAUUCGAAACUGCGCAUAAAUACUAUAUGCGCAGUUUCCCACCGUAGAUGUUUCCAUCAAAUUGACUUGUUGCAGAUAAAAGGCUGUGCGCUAUGACGUGGUCCACAUAAAAAUACAAUUUGCAGUUAAAUUCCCAUGAACCGAAUAAAAAAUACAAGAGAAAUAGGGUUCCAUCACAUUUUUAACUCUACUGGUGGGUUUCUCACACAAAAAAUUGACUUAUAUAGCGAGUGUGUCCGCUCUGGUUGUCAUAUGCGCUUUAUCCAACAGCAAGCAGUGCGCAGAUAGCGGUGUUGUCUAGAGCACAUGUAUGUAUAGCCUACAUGGUGAGAUUAUUAUGGACAAAAAACAUCUACAUUAUUUUUAUUUGUCAAUCGGCAGAAAGGAUCAUGUUCAAAGCACUUUAAAAAAAAUCGGUGCUGGGUUAUGGUGAUAUUGUCUAUAUGCUGGCCUCAACAAGUACCUUUAAAACUCUGGACACAGUGUAUCAUGGUGCUUUUACGAUUUAUUUCAAACGCUAGAUCACCCUACGUCAUCACGCACUGAUUUAUAUCCGCCAAGAAGUCCCUUUGGUGGAAACGUGCAUAUUUUCUUUAUGUGGGUUUUAGAAUACUAGUAUGAAAAUCUGUUGCCAAUUGGAUGGAAACCUAGCUAUUGAAAUCAGAAUGAGGUUUCAUCUCAAUGACCGCAUGGGAGAUUUUUAAAAAUAAUUCAUAAACUUCACAAUGCUGUUUCACAGCUCAACAUCGACUUGAAUCAAAUCAACUUUUUGUUGUUGACAUAUGCACAGGGUGCAGCGUAAAUGGUGCAAAUUCUUAUCAGCAAGCUUCAACCGUAAAAAAAGUGCUAAAAAGUAAACCACUACAGUACCAGUCAAAAGUUUAGACACACCUACUCAUUCAAGUUUCCUUUUAAUGUUUUGCUAUUUUCUACGUUGUAGAAUAAUAGUGAAGACAUCAAACUAUGAAAUAGCACAUAUGGAAUCAUUUAGUAACCAAAAAAAGUGUUUAAAAUAUAAAAUAAAUUUUUAUUUGUUUGACUGUUCAAAGUAGCCACCCUUUGCCUUGACAGCUUUGCACACUGUUGGCAUACUCUCUCUAAAAACACAUACGUGUUUAGCAGAUGUUAUUGCAGGUGAAGUGGAACACUGCACCCUGUGCAUAUAACACAAAAACAUUGAUUUAGAUGAUUUUACUUGGAACUCUGAAGCAUUUAUUUGGGCUGCAAUCCGAGGUGCAGUUAACGCCAAGGAACUUGUCCUCUGCAGCAGAGGUAACUCUGGGUCUUCCUUUCCUGUGGCGGUUCUCAUGAGAGACAGUUUCAUCAUAGCGCUUGAUGGUUUUUGUGAUUGCACUAAGACAUUUUCUUCAAAUGUUCCGCAUUGGCUGACCUUCAUGUCUUAAAGUAAUGAUGGACUGUCAUUUCUCUUUGCUUAUUUGAGCUGUUCUUGCCAUAAUAUGGACUUGGUCUUUUACCAAAACAGGGCUUUCUUCUGUAUACCACAACUGAUUGGCUCAAACGCAUGAAGGAAAGAAAUUCCACAAAUUAACAUUUAACAAGGCACACCAGUUAAUUGAAAUGCAUUCCAGGUGACUACUUCAUGAUGCUGGCUGAGAGAAUGCCAAGAGUGUGCAAAGCUGUCAUCAAGGCAAAGGGUGGCUGCUUUGAAGAAUCUCAAAUAUAAAAUAUUUUGAUUUGUUUCACACUUUUCUGGUUACUACAUGAUUCCAUAUCUGUUAUUUCAUAUUUUUGAUAUCUUCACUAUUAUUCUACAAUGUAGAAAAUAGUAAAAAUAAAGAAAAUCCCUUGAAUGAGUAGGUGUGUCCAAACCUUUGACUGGUACCGUAGAUAUGGUCUCUCCAACCCUGUUCCUGGAGAGCUACCGUGUUGUAGGUUUUCAAUCUAACCUUAAUCUAGCACACCUGAUUAUAAUAAUUAUCUAGUUGAUUAACUAAAUCAGUUUAGCUACAAAUGGGGUUGGAGUGAAAACCUUUUGAGGGUUGUUCUCCAAGAACAGGGUUGGAGAGCCCCUGUACUCGAUCAGUGUUAUCCAAACUUGUUCCUGGCCCCCUGGGUGCACAUUUAUUUUUUUUGCCAAGCACUACACAGCUGAUUCAAAUAACCAAUUAAUCAUCCAGUUUUGAUUAUUUGAAUCAGCUGUGUAGUGCAAAAACGACACGUCCCCCUGGACCGAGUUUUGGAAACUCUGUACUAGAGAAAUAGGUCAAUAGCAUGUAGAAUACAUGUAGAAUACAUGUCAAAUACAAAUAAUAUGUCAAUAGGAAAAAGUAACUAACUUCACCUCAAGCUGUUUAUGACAGUACAUUUCCUGUUCCAAUUUGUAUUUCCACAUACACAGAUGUGAAAUAGGCAUGAUGGAAAGACCCAUUGAUGCUUGUACACCAACCUAAGUGACAGGAGUGGUCACCCUGGUCAACUCCCCCUGUUGCUGUGGUCAAGUUACUGUUGUGGUCAGUCACAAUGAACAUCUCAGUAGAGGUGGCCAGAGGGGUCAACAAUGCCACCCUGGAGAUGCUGGUUAGUCCUGUGAUGACCGUGGCUGUGCCUGUUAUUUACCUGUCUGUGUUUGUGUGCAGUACCCCCUGCAACCUGCUGUCUCUGGUAGCGCUGCUGAACGUCCAUUACAAACGCCACACUCCCACGUCUGUGUUUGCCAUCAACCUGUCACUGGCAGACCUGCUCUACAGCGCCUUCCUGCCCCUACAGGUGUUAUACCACCUGUGGGGUAAUGACUGGCUGUGGGGCGCUGCCCUCUGUGGCCUGACCACCACAGCCCUCAACUGCAACAUGCAUUGCUCCGUCCUCACCACCUGUGCCAUCGCGCUCGAGCGCUACUGCGGUGUCGUACGCCCGCUACGCACCAAACACUGGCGCACUGCCCGGAGAGCCGCCAUCGCCUGUGUCCUCAUCUGGGCAUUUGUUCUGAUUACUCAGACGCCCUUGCUCCUCCGUGACCUCACCCUCCGGGUCGUCGAGCUAAACAUCACGACCUGCUUCGACGUGCUUCCACGUAAACUGUUCAUUCACCAAUCAGUAGCCUAUCUCUACUUCCUAGUGGUUCUGCUGAUGUUCUACGUGUUGCCGUUAGCCGUCCUGGUCAGAUGUUACGUUGCCGUGGCCAGAGGCCUGCACAGGUCGUUGCCGACGGCAGCUGAUGGCAGUGACGGUAAGAGGGAAGUGUUGUCAAGGCGACGGGCUCAGACCACAGUCGCCUUGGCAACCCUGUGCUUUGUGGUGUGUUACCUACCAACCAUCACCCUUCAUGGCCUGCACGUAGUCUUCCACACCCAGGGCAAGAGCCUGUACAGAUACUAUAAACUAGCGCUGAGCAUCAACAGCCUCAACUGCUGCUUUGACCCGUUUGUGUACUACUUUGCGUCGAGGGAGUUCCGUCUGGCUCUGAGGAGGCUGCUGGGGCGGUGUGUCCCACUGGGAGAGGGGGAGGAGCUUGGGACCUCUGAGCUGGUGUCCAUGACUGGGGAGCCUAGGGAAUCUAAGGGCCACUACUAGGCCGUAGUUGAUCACUAGAUAGUCAUGCUGGAAUGGACAAAGUGUGCAAAUGACCCAAACUGUAAAUACAAAAAAAAUCUAUUUUGUUAUUUUAUGCACAGACCCUGUGCGGUCUUCAUUAUAAAGCUGUUUAUGCAAUUGUUGUCAAUGCUAAUUUUUAUAGUUAUUCUGACUUCAUUCCGUUGACAUUUAUUAUUGAAUAAAUCGUAGACAUGCAUCA